CAAAUCUGGUUACCGAAAAAGCACAGACCAAUGAAACUAUCCGAAAAUGGUCCCUGCUUGCCCCCAAUUUCUGAGGCUGAUGAAUUCUCCACUUUCAGUUGAGCCUGGAACAUUUAAAAUUACGUCAUCAGCUCCCCAUCCAAGGAUUUGAUGUAGGGAAUGUCCACUUUCGUCCUCCUUUAACUUCGAUGUUUCAACCUUGAACUUAAUAGUCUAUGCCUUUUACCUAAACUAGAAUUGUCCAACUUUCAUGACUACAGCUAAAGUCUAAAGCACAUCUCAGCAUGGAAAUUAUGAGACGACUGGACGAACGAUGAAGAUGAGAAACGAAGAAGAUUCUCCUGCUCAGCAAUGUCUAUCCAGCAUUUGCCGGAACAUGUCGUUGCCCAAAUCAAAUCAUCUACCACCAUAACCUCGCUUAACAGUGUCGUACACGGCUUGGUCAAGAACUCGCUCGACUCUGAAGCUACUAAAAUUACUAUUUCUAUCGAUUAUACGCGAGGAAAUUGCUCGGUUGAGGACAAUGGCUUAGGAAUUCCACCUAGCGAAUUUAGGUCCUCUGGUGGUCUCGGCAAAUUGCAUUAUACCUCUAAAUUUCCUGCUCGUAACGAUAUUCAUGGCCGACAUGGUACCUUUAUUGCAUCCGUAGCUAGUUUAUCGUUGCUGUCCAUUACAUCGCAUCAUCAUGGCUAUCGUUCUCACAACACAAUUAAAAUCCACAACGCCGAAAUCUUGGCACGGCAUAUCCCUGCGUUACCGGAACAAAGGUUGCUAAGCUUCACUCAUGGGACUCGAACAACCGUUCGAGACCUUUUUGGAUCGAUGCCGGUGAGAGUCAAACAGAGGGCUAUCGACGCUGAAAGAGGCGUCCAUGCGAAGGAUUGGGAAAGGCUUAAACGUGGUCUUGCAGCCUUGUUACUUGCUUGGUCAGGCCAGGUAUCCGUAUCGCUUCGAAGCCCCAUAGACCAGCGUAAUUUUUCAAUUCGAAUACCCGAAGACGUCUCAGUGCUCGAAGGCAAGGGGAAUGAGAUCAUCGACCUCACUACUCGUGUUUCGCGGGUAUUAUUCCAAGCUCAUCUUUGUGAUGAACAUUCACGAGAUCAAUGGGUUCCCCUUAAAGCAUCGACCGGUUCAAUUUCUAUCGUAGGGGCAAUAUCGCUAGUUCCAAUCAUAUCUCGACAGGUGCAGUUUAUCAGCAUAGGUAUUCAGCCCGUCUUUAAUGAACGCGGCUCAAACGUUCUUUAUGAGGAGGUUAAUCGAUUAUUUGCCCAUUCUAGCUUCGGCGUAGAAGAAAAUAGCGGCAGUGUCGAUGAGGAUGAACAAAAUAAGAGAGCUAAGGAUCGCCGAUUCAAAACAGAUCGAUACACCAAUCAAGAGCUUAGAGGUAGGAAAGGGGUCGAUCGGUGGCCUAUGUUCUAUAUCAGGAUCAAUUUUGAAGAGCAGGAUCUCCGACUUGCUACCAGUGACAUAGAAGGCUUUUUUAGCGAGCGCCACCAAGAUUUGAAGGCGAUCGUUGAUAUUCUAACUGCGGUAAUCUACGAAUUUCUUAAAGCACACCACUUUCGCCCAAUAUAUUCUAAACCCCGCAUGGUUCUAUCUGAACAUUCAAAUCUUCGGGAUAGACAUAGCAGAUCGGGAUCUAGAGAUUCUACACUAAGGGUAGAUUCUAGGAUGGGCCGGAUUCGAACGUCUCGAGCCUAUUCCUCGGUUGGAGAUCUAGCUAGUACCCGACUUAAUAUUGAUCUUAGUACCUCUCACUUAAGACCCGAGUCUCCAUUCGAUUCAUGGACGCGUAUCAAGUCGGGACAGCCGCAAUAUGCUCAUUUACACAAGAACACCCUCUCAGGCCAAGAAGCUAGAGAACAUGGCCAUAGCGAAACUCCCAUGGUAGAGAAUGGCGACGACAUAGAAGACGCUCCCUUAGUUGCACCAGAUGGUGCGUUGCUACGUUUCCCUUUUUCUGAUGUCGAAACGGAUAUGUCUGAAGUCUGUCAGAGGAGUACUCUUGAAAAAGACCUUGAGAAAGGACGAUCUACUGUUGAAGAAAAUGCAGGAUUUGUGUGGACAAACCCAACGACCAAAGAAAUAUUUUCGAUCGACGACCGAACUGGUCUAGUAAUACGGCCUCGGAUGAAUGUGGAUGAAACGCCUCAUGUUGGACGUCUACCAUCGAGAAAGAAACUACGUACAAACACCAAUCCGGUUACUAAAGACGAGAGGAGCAAAUGGCUAGGUGAUCUCUUGUCAUCCUGGGAUAAUCCUGUAUUUCCGACGCAAGAACCACCAAUCCCAGUUGCAUUCGACGAAGCAAAGGCGUUAGCCCUAGAAACGAAGGCGUCAGGCGACUGCUGCCAUGGGUCCAACUUCGAACCGUCGGACCUUGCGCAGAACUCUCAUAACAUUGGGGGGAGGUUAUCUAAGGAUGACCUAAGGAAUGCCCAGAUCAUAGCACAGGUCGACCGAAAAUUUAUCUUGGCCAAGGUUCCUUUAUCCUCGACUUCAUCCAAAAUAGAUGAAAAUGGCCCGAGUGGAUCUUCAUUACUUGUCAUGAUUGAUCAACAUGCAGCGGAUGAGCGGUGUCGGGUUGAAGUCUUAAUGAAGGAUUAUUUUGUGGUUUUGGAGAGCGAUAUCAUAUCGUCAACAGAGCAGAAUCAUCAAUCAGUCUAUGCCCAAGCAUUGCCGUUAGAGAAGCCCAUUAUCUUUGACAUCUCACGUCAAGAUAGCCUUCGAUUUGAACUAUCCAAGGAGUAUUUUAUACAUUGGGGAGUGUUAUUUGAAGUCAGCUCGACAUCUAAAUCAAAGUCUGAUAGCAAAGGAGGGCCAAAAUUAAAUGUUCUUGGGCUACCACCUAGUAUAGCUGAGCGAUGUCGUGCGGAACCCCGUUUACUUAUCGAGUUGCUAAGAAAGGAAGCAUGGAAACUCGAUGAACAAGGCGGCAGCGCCUUGCGGCUCACCCAAACGGACGCAAUACAGGAAAACAAUGAUAACACUACUGGACUACACUGGUUAGCCAGGUUUCAUGGAUGCCCCCACGGCAUCUUAGAGAUGAUUAACUCGAGGGCAUGCCGUAGCUCCAUCAUGUUCAACGACCUGCUUUCCCACGAAGAAUGCGUCGAUUUGGUAAAACGAUUGGCGGACUGCACCUUACCUUUUCAAUGUGCUCAUGGUAGGCCAUCAAUGAUACCAGUGGUCGAGAUAGGAAGUACCCUAAUGGGCGCGGGGGGGUUUGGGAUGCAUACAGGUAGUUUUGGCGAAGAUUUUAGGAGAUGGAAAUCAAGUAAACGUAAUUGAUAAUACUAGUGCUGGCUACACUGAAGUUCGCCUGGCACCCCUUCGGGGUGCUGCGCUUUAAUUAGCAAAAAUACCAGUAAUUAGCAUAGUACCCCUAUAGAAAACUUUCUAUACGAUUUACAUAUAAGAAUACUUGCCAAGACUCCCAUGUUAAUAAAGUACUUACAAUUAAGAGAGAAUCUCUCGUAAUG